AGUCACUGAUCAACAAAGACUUGGGUGAAUAGAGACAUGAAAGCUGUGAUUAAGCUGCAGUUGAUCCUGAUAGGAGUCUGUAGUGCGGGGAAACCUUCCUGUGACGGCAGACAAAAUGGAGCUCAGUGUUUUGGAGUUUUGGGAGGAGCAGUAGACGUUCAGCUGGUGGACAACGUGUCAGAAAUACCCAGAUUCUUAUGGAACACUAAUAACUCUGUGAUACUAUAUUGGAGGUAUAAUAAAGUAGUUCUUAAAAAGGACGGCAGAAUUCCCUUUUUUCCCAGUAAUGGAUCAGUCACGAUCAAUGACCUGAGAAGGACUGACAGCGGUGAAUAUAAACUUGAAAUGUUUGAUGGAAAUGGAAAAAUCACAGGACGGAAAACUCUGCAACUAUUUGUUAUAGCUGCUGUGUCCUCUGUCCAGCUGGUCCCUGAGUGUUUGUCUCAGGGACAGAUGAAGGUGUCCUUUGUGUCUCAAGGUGACAGUCCUCAGUACAGCUGGGCUCUGGAUGGACACACACUGACAGACUCUGAGCUCUUCUCUAGAAAUACUGAGACCAACAUCAUCGUUCUGAGACGAAACAUCUCAGGACAUCUGGUCUGCUCAGUCAGGAAUCCAGUCAGUAAUUCCUCCGAAGAGAUGAACAUAGCUGUCUGUGAGGUGAAAACUUCCUGUGACGGCAGACAAAAUGGAGCUCAGUGUUUUGGAGUUUUGGGAGGAGUAGUAGACGUUCAGCUGAUGGACAACGUGUCAGAAAUACCCAGAUUCUUAUGGAAAAUGAAUAACUCUAGGAUACUAUAUUGGAGGUAUAACGUACUUCUUAAAAAGGACGACAGAAUUCCCUUUUUUCCCAGUAAUGGAUCAGUCAGGAUCAGUGACCUGAGAAGGACUGACAGCGGUGAAUAUAAACUUGAAAUGUUUGAUGGAAAUGGAAAAAACACAGGAUGGAAAACUCUGCAACUAUUUGUUAUAGCUGCUGUGUCCUCUGUCCAGUUGGUCCCUGAGUGUUUGUCUCAGGGACAGAUGAAGGUGUCCUGUGUGUCUCAAGGUGACAGUCCUCAGUACAGCUGGGCUCUGGAUGGACACAACCUGACAGACUCUGAGCUCUUCUCUAGAAAUACUGAGACCAACAUCAUCGUUCUGAGAAAAAACAUCUCAGGACAUCUGGUCUGUUCAGUCAGGAAUCCUGUCAGUAAUUCCUCCGAAGAGAUGAACAUAGCUGUCUGUGAGGUGAAAACUUCCUGUGAUGGCAGACAAAAUGGAGCUCAGUGUUUUGGAGUUUUGGGAGGAGUAGUAGACGUUCAGCUGAUGGACAACGUGUCAGAAAUAACCAAAUUCAAAUGGAAUACUAAUAAGUCUGUGAUACUUUAUUGGAGGUAUAAUAAAGUAGUUCUUAAAAAGGACGACAGAAUUCCCUUUUUUCCCAGUAAUGGAUCAGUCAGGAUCAAUAACCUGAGAAGGACUGACAGCGGUGAAUAUAAACUAGAAAUGUUUGAUGGAGAUGGAAAAAACACAGGAUGGAAAACUCUGCAACUAUUUGUUAUAGCUGCUGUGUCCUCUGUCCAGCUGGUCCCUGAGUGUUUGUCUCAGGGACACAUGAAGGUGUCCUGUGUGUCUCAAGGUGACAGUCCUCAGUACAGCUGGGCUCUGGAUGGACACACACUGACAGACUCUGAGCUCUUCUCUAGAAAUACUGAGACCAACAUCAUCGUUCUGAGACGAAACAUCUCAGGACAUCUGGUCUGCUCAGUCAAGAAUCCAGUCAGUAACUCCUCCGAAGAGAUGAACAUAGCUGUCUGUGUGAAAACUUCCUGUGACGGCAGACAAAAUGGAGCUCAGUGUUUUGGAGUUUUGGGAGGAGUAGUAGACGUUCAGCUGAUGGACAACGUGUCAGAAAUACCCAGAUUCUUAUGGAAAAUGAAUAACUCUAGGAUACUAUAUUGGAAGAAUAACAAAGUUGUUAGUCCAAAGGACGACAGAAUUCCCUUUUUUCCCAGUGAUGGAUCAGUCAGGAUCAAUGACCUGAGAAGGACUGACAGCGGUGAAUAUAAACUUGAAAUGUUUGAUGGAAAUGGAAAAAACACAGGAUGGAAAACUCUGCAACUAUUUGUUAUAGCUCCUGUGUCCUCUGUUCAGCUGGUCACUGAGUGUUUGUCUCAGGGACAGAUGAAGGUGUCCUGUGUGUCUCAAGGUGACAGUCCUCAGUACAGCUGGGCUCUGGAUGGACACACACUGACAGACUCUGAGCUCUUCUCUAGAAAUACUGAGACCAACAUCAUCGUUCUGAGACAAAACAUCUCAGGACAUCUGGUCUGCUCAGUCAAGAAUCCAGUCAGUAACUCCUCCGAAGGAAUGAACUUAACUUACUGUGUGAUGGAUCAGUCAGGAUCAAUGACCUGAGAAAGACUGACAGUGGUGACUAUGAACUUGAAAUGUUUGAUGGAAAUGGAAAAAACACAGGAUGGAAAAUUCUGCAACUAUUUGUUAUAGCUGCUGUGUCCUCUGUCCAGCUGCUCCCUGAGUGUUUGUCUCAGGGACAGAUGAAGGUGUCCUGUGUGUCUCAAGGUGACAGUCCUCAGUACAGCUGGGCUCUGGAUGGACACACACUGACAGACUCUGAGCUCUUCUCUAGAAAUACUGAGACCAACAUCAUCGUUCUGAGACAAAACAUCUCAGGACAUCUGGUCUGCUCAGUCAGGAAUCCAGUCAGUAACUCCUCUAAAGGGAUGAACUUAACUUACUGUGAUCCGGCUCACUUUGGAAUUGUGUAGUAUUGCUGUGGUUCUUCCUUUAAUUGGCCUUUGUCUCUACUUCACUUGGAAGCAAAAGAAAUAUGAAAAAGCCAAACUCUCUGCCAUCCCACCCACAGUGGAGAAUCCAGAGGACUCUAUUCUGAUGGUUCAACUGAACACUACAUCUUAGAUGGAUGACAUUAUGACUUUAAUUUGUAAAAAUUCAACAUAAGCUCACAAACAUAAACAUGUAAAUAGUUCUGGGAUUGGCUGCCAUGUUUCAGGAGCGUUUUAUUGUGCAACAUUCCAAAGUGUCUUAUUUCAAUUAUGUUAAAGUGAAAGUUUUAGCUUAAUUCCUUUCUUGUGUUAUAUAUUGUCAACAUUCUGUCUCAGUGUUUUUUUUAUGUAUUUUCCAAUGUAUUAUGCUUUCAAUGGAUUAGCUUUCAUCUAUUACUGAGUUGUACCAUGAGGUUCUUAUGACAUACAAUGGUGUGAAUAAGUGUUUGCCCCCUCCAUGAUUUCCUGUUUUUGUAUGUAUCUCACACUAAACUUAGACUAACUUACUUCUAAGGACGUCUUACAUGUGUUGGAACCACUGAAGUAAACAGUCGUAGUCAUACAAAACCAGCAGAGGAAAAUAUAAACUUCACAGAAAAGGCUCCUGCUAAAAUGUAAUAAAGGAACCUUGUAGCCUCAGAGAAAAUGGUUAACCACACCAACACACAGGACAGCAGUUGAAACAUGAUUUUCUGCAUUUGAAAGAAUCUUGCAGGUUUUUUGAAGCAAUUUAUAAAGUGCAAACACUGGGCUCUGUGUAAUAGGCUUUGUACAGCUCUAGAUAUUUGACAAAGAUACGUUAUUAACAUCUAAAAUCAGCUGAGCGAAUGAACAGAAGCUGAACGUGAAGCAAACAUGGAAGUUGUUUUUGUUUUUCUUGAUGCAACUUGGACUGUUUUA